AUGUCUCACGCUUCUUUACAUUGGUUAACUCAAUUAAACACUUCUGAAACUCCUGAUAAGGUUUUAAGAAGAACUUCCAUCAUUGGUACCAUUGGUCCAAAAACCAACAAUGCUGAAGUUAUGGUUAAAUUAAGAAAAGCUGGUUUAAACAUUGUUCGUAUGAAUUUCUCUCAUGGUUCUUAUGAAUAUCAUCAAUCUGUCGUUGAUAACGCUAGAAAAUCAGAAGAAUUAUAUAAAGGUAGACCAUUAGCCAUUGCUUUAGAUACUAAAGGUCCAGAAAUUAGAACUGGUACUACCACCAAUGAUGUUGAUUAUCCAAUCUUACCAAAUCAUGAAAUGAUCUUUACUACUGAUGAAAAAUAUGCUAAAUCUUCUGAUGAUAAAAUUAUGUUUCUUGAUUAUAAAAAUAUUACCAAAGUUAUUGAUGUUGGUAAAAUUAUAUAUAUUGAUGAUGGUGUUUUAUCAUUUGAAGUUCAAGAAAUUGUUGAUGAUAACACUUUAAAAGUUAAAUCCAUUAAUGCUGGUAAAAUUUGUUCUCAUAAAGGGGUUAAUUUACCAGGUACUGAUGUUGAUUUACCUGCUUUAUCCGAAAAAGAUAAAGCUGAUAUUAGAUUUGGGGUUAAAAAUGGUGUUCAUAUGAUUUUUGCUUCUUUUAUUAGAACUGGUCAAGAUAUUAAAGAUAUUAGAGAAGUUUUAGGUGAAGAUGGUAAAGAUAUUCAAAUUAUUGCUAAAAUUGAAAAUCAACAAGGGGUUAAUAAUUUUGAUGAAAUUUUAGAACAAACUGAUGGUGUAAUGGUUGCUAGAGGUGAUUUAGGUAUUGAAAUCCCUGCUCCUCAAGUUUUUGUUGUUCAAAAACAAUUGAUUGCUAAAUGUAAUUUAGCUGCUAAACCAGUUAUUUGUGCUACUCAAAUGUUAGAAUCAAUGACUUAUAAUCCAAGACCAACUAGAGCUGAAGUUUCUGAUGUUGGUAAUGCUAUCUUAGAUGGUGCUGAUUGUGUUAUGUUAUCAGGUGAAACCGCUAAAGGUAACUAUCCAUUUGAAGCUGUCUCCAUGAUGCAUAAUACUGCUAUUAUUGCUGAAAAAGCCAUUGCUUAUCAACCAUUACAUAAUGAAAUUAGAGCUUUAGCUAAAAGACCAACUCCAACCACUGAAACUUGUGCCGUUGCUGCUGUUUCUGCUGCUUAUGAACAAAAUGCUCAAGCCAUUGUUGUUUUAUCUACUACUGGUUUAUCUGCCAGAUUAGUUUCUAAAUAUAAACCAAAUGUUCCAAUUAUGAUGGUUACUAGAAAUGAAAGAUCAGCUAGAUAUUCUCAUUUAUCAAGAGGUGUAUAUCCAUUCGUUUACACCAAAGAUAGAGUUGAAAACUGGCAAGAAGAUGUUGAAAACAGAUUAAGAUGGGCUGUUUCUGAAGCUGUUGAAUUAGGUAUCAUUAAAAAGGGUGAUUCCAUUGUUACUGUUCAAGGUUGGACUAGAGGUUCAGGUCACUCUAACACUGUUAGAAUUGUCCAAGCUUAA